CAACAAUAACGGCUCGUCCAAUCAGUUUAAUUUACAAGAUAAAAUUGAUGCUAGUCCAAUUAAGAACACUAAUAACAACAGUAAUAACAAUAGCAACAUAAAUUACAAGCAGUCCCUUCCCACAGAUAUUGAAUGUUACUUUAAUGAAACCGAGCCAACAGCAGAGCAGCAGCAACAAACUCAUCAUGAUGAUUUCACUAAUCACACUAAUUCGUUCAUCAAUAGCUCCACAAAUGAUGGGAAUUUUAAUGAAAUGAUAAGCAUUAAGAAUGAAUCUGAUAUAAUUUUAGACGAGAAUAACAGCUAUAAACCCUCUUCCUCCAGUAUCGAUGGAUCUCAGGUGUAUAAUCCUCUGAAUAGUACCGAUGAUUACUUAAACUUUAUAACAAAUCCUGCAUUGAAUAGAAGUGUUGGCAACCAGUCUCAACCUGAUUUACCUGUUAUUUAUGGUCGGCGCCAGAAAAUGAAAAAGAUAAUAUCUGGGACUAAAACAAAAUACGUCUGCCAGAUUUGUAACAAACUGUUUGCUUAUUCAUCUGCAUUAAUCCACCACGAGAACAGUGCACACAAUAGGCGGCCACAUCCAUUCAAAUGCCUAAUUUGUGGCAAGGGCUUCUGGAAUCAGCGAAGUCAUCGAGGUCACAUGACUAGCAAGCAUCUAAUGCAAACAGAGUAUUGCUGUCCUGUUUGCCAGAAGGAGUAUGCUUAUAAGGUUUCACUGAAGGAACAUAUGAAAUUGAAUCACAAUAUAAUACAAUAGCAUUAGUAGUUUUGUGUGCAUGUUUGUAUGCGUGUGAAUGUGUGUAUGUUUUUUUUCAAGUCAAGCAAGAUAUGUCAAUCAAUUUUAAGUCAUUGGAUCACUGAUUUAUCUAUCUACUGUUAUAUUGAUAUAUGUGGUUGGGGCUUACUUUAUUUUGUGUUUUAAACAUUGAUAAACUUUGUAU